CGCCUCAAACAGCAGGUCUGCUGUUACACUGCCAGCUCCCCCAAAGCUUCAUGGGUUGAUCCUGUUGAACUUCAACAGUCUUCCCCUUCUUCAGCCUCUGUACAACCCCGUGACCCCGCCUCCCUCCCCAUCCUACAGCUGUGCCCUUUUUGCUGCAUUGCCAGUGCAACCAACACCAGCGUGAUGGCUUGUUGUGCCUCGGGCUCAUUUGGACGAGCAACUGCAGCAUCACACACCACUACACAGACUUCCAGAUGCGUCAGCCACUAGAGUGAGAGAUACAUAGAGACUGGGGAGGAGGGACAGACACACAGAGAAGGGGAGCAGUACUACAAGAGAAAGGAGGGAUCAUCUAUCCCAGCAAGAGAGGCAUCCACCUGUCCCCCCAUAGGAAGGUGGCCCCCCCACCUGAUCCAUCUCGUUGCAAGGGGGGGAUCCUGCAUAGCCUGGAAGGCAACAGAGACUAUGCAGCUAGGACUGGUGGCGCUGGCAAUGGUCUUUCUCAGCUCCAUGGGUCACAGUGAUGUUCUGAAGCUCUCCAAGGCAAGAAGACAUAGACGUGUUAGCACUGAGGGGCCCCCAUCUUGCCCCAAAGGCUGUGACCGAUGUUCUGAGUAUAACGGCUGCAUUAAAUGCAAGCCCAAGCUCUUCAUCUUCUUGGAGCGCAAUGACAUCCGUCAGAUAGGCGUGUGCCUUGCCUCCUGCCCCAUGGGAUACUUUGGCAUGAGGAACCCUGAAGGCAAUAACCGAUGCACCCAAUGUAAAAUAGACAAUUGUGAAGCGUGUUUCAAUCAAUUUUGCACAAAAUGUAAGGAGGGCUUGUAUUCACACAGUGGGAGAUGUUAUGUCAGCUGCCCUCCAGGUCAACGCACCGUUAAUGAGACCAUGGAGUGUGUCGGUCAACGUGCUUCAGAGUGUGAACUGGGUGAGUGGAGCCAAUGGGGUUCCUGUAUGAAGAAAAACAAAACAUGUGGAUUUAAGAAAGGCACCCAGUCCCGGGUUCGUGUACCCCUUCCGCAGGUUCACAGUCCGGACACCUCUCCUCCUUUUGUACCCUCGCAGACCUGUGCUCCAGAGACAGAGAGGAGGAAGUGUGUCGUGACCAAAACUCCUUGUGCGAGGGAGAGGAAGAAUAAAGGAGACAGACAAGAUGAUACAAACAGGAGAGAAAGGGAGAAUGCACGUGGGCGAGGACAAGACAGUAGAGGAGGAGGAGGAGGAGGAGGAGGUGGAAAGCGGAGAAAAGGCCAGAGCAGGACGACCACUGCUCCCAGCAUCACAACUAGCUCUGUCACCUAAGCGCUAGCGCCUGCUGGAUGAGGCUGAGAGAAUACCAGAGACAAUGCCUCACCCAGCAGCGCCAGCCACAGAAAGUGAUUGAUGUUGAAGAAAGGGUAUUAAUGCUGCUAUGCUGCAUUGUAGAUGCAGAGAGAACUGGAGGAUUGCUGCAACACAACAGAUUCCCUGAAGCUUUUUGAAUAGUUGACCAUAUCUGGAAGAGACCUGUGUUUUAAUGUUGGACAGCAAAGCCAAACUGAAGACUAUGGUUGGACUUGAUUCGUGUCAUGAACUGAUCCUAUAUCACUCUUAAACUAAAACCAGAUUAUGUGUUUCAAAUUGAGCAUUCAAGCCUGAUUAUGAAUGAAGGGAUGCUUAAAUCUCCUCUGGUCGAUGAUGUAUUUUGUUCCAGUCUGAUUUUAAUUACAAUCUGUUCUUCAUUUGUUUUCAUGUUUGUAAGAGGUGGCAGAUGGAUUUUCUCAACUGUCCCUGUCUGUGAUGUAAAGACAAAGAAGAGUAUUACAUCUUGGUACCUGUGUUUCCUGUUGUGUGAGAUGAAACAGAAAGAAAGGCACUGGAAAUCAUUUGCGGUUGUUGAGGACAGAAUUUGUCUGUACAGUUACGUUCAUAAUUUGUUUAACAAACAAUUUUUUAUAGCUUUGCUUCUGCACACUACUACAAACA